AUGAAUUUGAGGAACUUUGGCACGUGCAUCCGGGUGUCCCCCUGGGUGCCUCUCAUCGGUGCCGUCAUGAUCACCACCGCACUGCCCGUCUGGGCGAUCUUCACCCGCCGUGCGCUAGAGUCUACCAAGGCGUUCUCAGACCUGCUGCUCGGCGUGCGCACGUUUGCGGUGGAGCAGAUGUCCAGUGACGUCAGCUGGGUAACCGGGCUGGGCGUCAUCGUCAUAAGCGCAGUCGUCGGCCUCUGCGUCGUGCUGUCGCUGCUGCGCAGCUACCAGGAAACUGCCAGGCUGCCGACGACUAAGUGCGGCUCCCCUGGGCGCGUCAGCUACGCGUCUUAUGUCACCCUCAUCAGCGCCAUCACCUUUGGGCUUUGGCUGGUGACCGUGGUUGUGGCGCUGCUGAUCGCGGCGCAGCUGUGCUGGUUGCUGCUGGCCUUCAUGUUUGAGGCGGCGCUCCUGCGCGGCGUCCAGCCCGCCACCACAGCUGCGGCGCCUGUGGCUCGGGGCGACCUCUGCCCCGCCAGCUGCAUGAACCUGGGCUCCUUCCACGUCGUGUUUGAGGCCGCGGCCUCCUGCAUCUGCAGGGACGCGGCGCAGUACCCCGUGCUGCGCGGCCUGGCCACAGACACCUGGAAGUACUUGGUGCACGCGCUCGCCGCUCUGGCGCUCAUGGGCCUGGCGGGCCUGUGGCUGAUCAUGAACCUCAGCGCGCAGUUUGCUCACGCCAGGAGGGACCUGCAAGAGCUGCGCCGCAGAGAGUCGGAAAGAACGCGGACGCCGGGCCGCGCAACGUGA